UUGAUUCACAAUAUUUGAGGUUUCACGAUAAUGAAAAUGAAUUUGUGAUUUGGUUGGUUGGAUUUGGUGAUUUACAAAUAAAUGUAGAAUUUAUUUGAUUCCAAGACUUGCCAUAUUAAAUAGUUUACCUUAACGCGGCUUAAAAUCAAGUGCAAACACGAAAAUGAUUGUGCGGCUAUCAUUGUGUUCAUAAGAUGUCUGCAGCGAAGGGGUUUAGCAACAAUAGUAUUGAAUUCGAUCCAAUUUUGCCUGAUACAGGACUUUUGUUCUACGAAGAAUGCCCACGAGAGUUUGAAAUAGAGAGACCGCGGUUAUUACCAUUGAAAUCGCCUACCCAGAUACGUUUUGAGCAGCUACAACACGAAGCAGCUAGAGUUUGGAGAGAGAAACAAAAAACAGCGAAGAAAAAUUAACUUUAUGCCGUAAAAUUUGUUUUGAAAACAGUAAAAAUGGUGUACACAUUGUUUGUAAUAGAACUGGUGUCAGCAUUUGUCCUAGCGGCAACGUUGUUGUACAGAUAUGGAGACUGUUACAGGAACCACUUGAUAGUGACAGUGUCGGUGCUGACAGCGUGGUACUUUUCAUUCGUUAUUAUGUUCAUCUUGCCUCUAGAUGUGACAUCGACUGUCUACCAACAAUGUAUAUUAAAUGACAACACAACGACUGCUAAAGCAGAACAACUUCUAGUCGGCAAUGCGACAACCACCGCAGCACCUCCGAGCAGUCACUGUCAGCAGCCUUGGAGUAAUGUACCGAAAAGCGUAUUCCCUAAUUUAUGGAGAGUCGUAUACUGGACUUCACAAUGCUUGACAUGGCUUAUAAUGCCAAUGAUGCAGUCGUACAGUAAAGCCGGAGACUUUACAGUGAAGGGUAAACUUAAAUCCGCCCUAGUAGACAAUGCAAUCUACUAUGGCUCAUACUUGUUGAUUUGUGGGAUCCUUCUUAUAUAUUUGGCUUUCCAAAACGAUGGCAUAGACGGCCCUAAGAUAAAAGCCAUUGCAUCAUCGGCCAGUAACACAUGGGGACUGUUUCUGCUGAUCCUUCUACUGGGAUAUGCUUUAGUAGAAGUGCCAAGGAACUUAUGGAACAAUUCGAAAAAGAAUUACUCUUUGACGUACAGCUACUUCAAGAUAGCCAAGUUGAGCACUGAUAAGUGUGAAGCUGAGGAAACUGUGGAUGAAAUUUUAGAUAGUCUGCAAGCAGCUCAGACAGCCAUCAGCACAGGGCACCCAUUACACAGGCAUGUGGAGACAAUAGUUCAGAAGUUGCCUAUUCAGCUGCGAGACCGACUGAACUCCAGAGCCGCGCCCUAUAGGCCGGCGGCGCCGUCUUUUAAGUCACUUAUCAACUUGCAUAAGAAGACGAUCAAAGCCCUUCACGUGCUCCAACGCACGGAGACACAAUGGGGCAUGAUGCUGGAGCGUAUCUUCCACCUCGAAGAUGUGGCGGCCAACCUCCGCUCGCCCGAUAAGCGCUUCCAGCACACCUUCCAUACGCCACGGCCGCGGCUGCAGAGACUAGUAUACCCACCUAUCAUCGAAUGGUACUGGGAGUGUUUCCUGCGCCAGUACUUCCUCAAGUCGAUGGCGGUGGUGACGGGCGUCAUGUCGUUGGCCAUCAUCUGGUCGGAGAUGACGUUCUUCUCGGAGAAGCCAGUGCUGUCCAUAUUCGCGCACAUAGUAUCAGCUGCAACCAGCCAGUACAAUUAUGCUGCUAUCUUGUCGAUAUCGACCAUCAUAAUAUGCUACAUGUUCUACUGUGCCUUCUCAACCGUGCUGAAGAUCCGUUUCCUAAACCUGUACUACUUAGCGCCUCAUCACCAGACCAACGAGUACAGUCUGAUAUUCUCGGGAAUGAUGGCGUGUCGACUUACCCCCGCUAUGUGCCUGAAUUUCCUGAGCUUGGUGCACAUGGAUGCUAGGUUCAGGGCCGAACAGAAGGAGAAGAUUGUGGAAACCGCUUACACUAAGGUCGAUAGUUCAGGGUUUGCUUUUGUAAUUUAUGAAAACUUACAAAACAAAUAA